GCAUCAUUUACAUCUAUCGCGGCGUUAAAUUUGGUUAAAUUCGCUAAAAAUUUCUCACGUUGACAAUUUAUUCUUUUACUUUUAAACCGGUGGUUGUCAAGAUCCAAUUUUGGAUUUUGUUUUUCUCAGAUUUCACCAGAUAAUUAAUUACCAUUAGAUAUAGAAAACAUAUAUAAAGGUUUGUAACCUCACCAUAACCUAAAAACGAACAUAUUUUAGGUAAAAAUGCCCCUUUCGUGUCGAUUUUAUAAAGAAAAAUAUCCAGAAGUGGAUUCUGUAGUCAUGGUUAACGUCAGAUCCAUAGCUGAAAUGGGUGCCUAUGUGCACCUCUUAGAAUACAAAAACAUUGAGGGUAUGAUUUUACUCUCCGAAUUAUCUAGAAGACGUAUUAGAUCUAUUAAUAAACUUAUAAGAGUCGGAAAAACAGAGCCUGUCGUAGUUAUAAGGGUAGAUAAAGAAAAGGGAUAUAUAGAUUUAUCUAAAAGAAGAGUAAGUGCAGAAGACUUAGAGAAAUGUACAGAGAGAUAUUCAAAAGCAAAGGCAGUUAACUCAAUUCUUAGACAUGUAGCUGAACUAUUAAAAUAUGAAUCAGAUGGACAACUGGAAGAGCUUUAUGAGAAGACUGCCUGGUAUUUCGAAGAGAAGUAUAAGAAGAAUAAGGCUUCAGCUUAUGAUUAUUUUAAACAAGCUGUAUCUGACCCUAGUAUUUUAGCUGAAUGUGACCUAGAUGACAAAACAAAAGAAGUUCUUCUCAGCAAUAUCAAGCGUAAACUAACUUCUCAAGCUGUAAAAAUUAGAGCAGACAUUGAAUGUGCUUGCUAUGGCUAUGAAGGCAUCGAUGCAGUCAAAACUGCUUUGAAAACAGGCCUUUCUCUAUCAACUGAGGAGUUGCCUAUCAAAAUUAAUUUAAUAGCACCUCCAUUAUAUGUCAUGACAACUUCGACACCAGAAAAACAAGAUGGCUUGAGAAUACUUAAUGAAGCUAUUGAAGUUAUCAAGCAAAAAAUUACAGAAUUAGGAGGUGUCUUUACGAUACAGAUGUCUCCGAAAGUGGUGACUGCUACAGAUGAAGCCGACUUGGCAAAACAAAUGGAAAGAGCAGAAAUGGAGAAUACAGAAGUCGCUGGCGAUGAUGAUGAAGAGGACGAUGAAGGACAAGUGUACAGCGAAGGCGAAGAGGCAAAAGAAAAUGGUGGUGAUGGAGGCAACACCGAUGAAGAAGAUUAGAUCAAGAACAGCAAAGACAAAGAAAGUUUAAAACUAGGCAAUUUUAAAGAUUUUUUUUUCUGUUUUUACGUAUCUGAUUGUUAUCUAUAAUAGUAAUAACUCGUGUAACAAGAUAAGUAUUUAUAUAUCUUAAUACUUUUAUAUUUUUCGAAAUAAGAAUAAUAUGGUGGUAACGUGUUUUAGAAGAAUAAAAUCUAUAUAUAUGACG